AUGUUGAGCAGUGGGCUGGAGGGAGCUCAUGUUAGAGGGAGCCUAUGUUGGGCGGUGGGCUGGAGGGAGCCCAGGUUGGAGGGAGCCCAGGUUGGAGGGAGCCCAUGUUAGAGGGACUCCAUGUUGAGCGGUGGGCUGGAUGGAGCUCAUGUUAGAGGGACUCCAUGCUGGAGGGAGCCUGGGUUAGAGGGAGCCCACAUUGAGUGGUGGGCUGGAGGGUGCCAAGGAUGAGUAGUGACCAACGAUUAUAGAGGAGCUCCUCUAUAAUUUUUGGUGGUGACCGAGUUCAGUGGUGGGUAGGAGGAUGCCUAUGUUGUGGGGAGCCCGUGUUGAGCGGUGCCCAGGCUUGAGUGGAGGGCUGGAGGGGGCUCAGGCCUGAGGGCGCCCAUGAUGAGGCGAUGCCCGUGUUGAGGGGAGGGUCAGGGGGGCGCGGCCCGGCUCCGAGUCCCCGGCGGGUGGCGGAAGUAGGCCCAGGCCCGGCCCAGCCCGGGGAUUCCCCGGCCGGGGAUUUCCGAGCCACCACGGCCUCCGCCGGCAGCCAAUGAGCGGCGCCGCCCAACCUGCAGCGCAGCGGUCGGGUCGGGUCGGGACUGGGGGGCGAGGACCGGGGCUGGGCCGGGGCCUGAGGGAGCCGGCAUCGGGGGACGAGGGGACUGCGAGACCCGGGCCUAGCCGAGCCGGGCGGGCGGGCGGGGAGGUCAGGGCAGGGCAGCGUCAGGUUUCUCCCCGCUGCUGGGGCUCGGCUGACGGGCUGAGGCCUAGGGAAGGUGGCUGGGCCGGCUCCCUGGGGAGGGGAGGAGAGGGGAGGGAGUAGCACUGUUACACCACAACUGCCCUCGAUCAUCCCUGCAACCUGCCUGCUGAUUUUAGAUUUGUAAUAUUGUUUUGGUAAAUAUGGAUAAAAAUAUUGGCGAGCAGCUCAACAAGGCAUUUGAUGCAUAUCGCCAGGCUUGUGUGGAGAGGGACAAUAUCAAGAAAUCUUUAGAGCAACGGAUUUAUGUCUUGGAACAAACUGUGGAAAAGAAAGACAAUACUAUUGCAAAAUUGCAAUUACAGGCUGCGUCUACCACCCCCAGAGGUAACAUUGCUGGUCAAGUUCAGGUUCUGGAUACUUUGCCACAGAUAAAUGAGAGUGACUUACUGAAACUCAGAAGAAAUGAGGCACAACAUUCCACAGCAUCGGAUUCACCAGAAGAUUUGAAAGAGGUGUUAGAAAGGGAAAGACUUUGGAAGGAACACUUGGUAGUUGCAAACAGUAGGUUGAAAGACCAGAUAAAGGAUUAUCAGCAAAAGCAAACAGAGCUUAAAAAUAACAUUGAAGAAAAAGAUCAUCAAUUGAGGCUGCUCAGCAAAGAAUUGAAGGAGUACACUAAGUUCACAAAUAUUGAACAACUCCACUGUCGACCAGUCUUGGAGGCAAACUGGAAGUUGACGGAAUCACCAUUAAAGAAGGAUGUCCCUCUGGCAGAGACAGAUCACUGUGCUCCAUACAAAGAGACCAUGGAGUUUGCUUUUCAGGGGGUUUAUCAAGAAUUAAAACACCUGUCUGCCUUGACCAAGAAACAAACAAAACUUCUUGGUAAAUGUAUCUACAGCAAAGAAGUAAUAACCAUGCCUUUCUCGAUGCCUGUACAAUGCACAGAUGAAGGAGAACAUGAACAUGUUAUAAAUGCCAUUGUGAAGGAUGGAAGUGCAACAAAGGACUUUGCAUCACAAGGGCACAGAGCUCAACAGGGACAACUUCCUGAUGUUGAGUCAUUGUCUGAGCUGGAUAUCAAGUUCCCACCCUCGGAUAAUGACUAUGAUUUCCUGUACAGUGCACCAGAUAAACCAGAAGUGAAGCUUCCUAUUGAAGCUCCUACUUGUACAGUUGAAGAGGAGCUGUUGAAAGAUAAUGUCCAGGACCUUGACAGUAAAAUAUGCAAUAAGCAGGAGUGGCCUUCGUUUGAAAUUUGCCACAAGGAACCAACUAAUGAAGUGUCCGCCGAUCUUUUCUGUGGCGAGCAAGGGAAGGGUGCAAAUAUUAAUACAUCCGCAGUAGACAGGAAACCAUUUAGAGGUCCUUCGAGCCCUUCAGAUCAUGAACCUCCAGAUCUUUUCCUAAAGGUUGAAGAAUCUAACCUUAAGCUUCCAUCAACGGAGAUAAGAGGGCCACAACAGCCUGUGUGGAGUCCUUACCACAAUAAGGAGGGGAAAUUGCUGCUUCAAGCAUCCAGUGACUCUGACCUCGACCGAAAAUCCAAAAUCUGUGAAUUCUGUCAGGCACGUUUCCCGGCCAGCACCACAUCCAGGGAAGACUUCCUCAGGCAUCUUAAUUCACACUUUGUGCACGGCACUAAAAAUGGAUUUUAAUGCUUGUACCUUUCUGCAAUUGAGAUGAAGAAACCAGCAAUGCGAACUUAACAUGGUGUCCAAAAUAUCUCUUGUUAGUGGUGGGAUUAUAAAUUUCAAAAGGACAUCCUUUAAGGACGGUACAGUAACAUAUUUUCAGAAUUUUUCUAUCCUCUUAGGAACUUUUUAACUCUGGAACAAUGUCAGAUAAUUUAUAAAGAAACGCUUUGACAAAAUCAUUUGAAACUAAUUGUCGUUUUGGGCCAUUUAAUUGUAAAUUGUCCAAAUCAGCAUUUAAAGCAAAAUCACAGAUUAUUGCACAAGGUGUGAAAGAGAAUCUGCUGGCAUAAGUACAGUGAUUUGUAAAUUUUGUGAUCUUUACCUUUUUUUUUUAGAGACAAUGGUAUGUCACAGUAAGCCAUUCGGCCCAUUGAGACUACUCUGCCAUUCGAUAUUGUCUGAUCUAUCUUUCCCUCUCAACCCCAUUCUCCUGCCCUCUCCCCAUAACCCCUGACACCCUUACUAGUCAAGAAUCUGUCAAUCUCCUCCUUAAAAGCACUCAAUGAUUUGGCCUCCACGGCCAUCUGUGGCAAUUAAUUCCACAUAUUUAUCACCCUCUGACUAAAGAAAUUCCUCCUCUUCUUUGAAAAGCUAUGUCCUUCUAUUAGCUUGUGUUUUUGUCAUUUUGUUUUUACUUUAAUUGUGACCUUGUGACCCAUUGAGCUUGGUAAUUACCUAAUCCUAUUGUACACAAAUGUUCAUCUUUCUUUGUUUCCCCAAUCGCUCUUGACUCAUCUUGUUCAUCUUCAUUCCUUUAACUGACAUCCCACUAAAGUGAUGACAUCUUGCCCCCCUUUGUUUGUUUACAUUGUUUUCAGUUCUUUCUCUUUGGCUAUUGAACCAUUUUGUUCAAAUCUACCAAUGAUUCAGUGGUACUUUCUUGUCACGUGUACCCAAGCACAGUGAAAUUCCUUUGUUUGCAUACAGUUGGUCAAAGAGUCAUACAGUGUAAAAAUAUCCCCUUUGGCCCAACUUGCCUACGCCAACCAACAGGCCUCAUCUACACUAGUCCACCUUUGCCACUUUGCGCAUAUCCCUCUAAACCUAUCCUAUCCAUGCAGUUGUUUAAAUGUUUUUUAAACGUUGUGAUAGUACCUGCCUCAACCACCUCCUCUGGCAGCUCAUUCCAUGCACCCACCACCCUUUGUGUAAUAAAAGUUACUCCUCCGAUUCCUCUUAAAUCUUCCCCCUACUCUGGGCAAGAGACUGCAUUUACCUGAUCAAUUCCCCUAACAAUUUUGUACAUUUCUACAGUGCCCUCCAUUAUGUUUGGGACAAAGACCAAUCAUUUAUUUAUUUGCCUCCGUACUCCACAAUUUGAGAUUUGUAAUAGAAAAGAUCAAAUUGGUUAAAGUGCACAUUGUCAGAUUGUAAUGAAGGCCAGUUUUAUACAUUUUGGUUUCACCAUGUUGAAAUUACAGCAGUACCACACAGCUGUAAUUUCUACAUGGUGAAACCAAAAUGUAUAAAAA